GUGACGAUAAGGUACCAUGGACCUCUUCGCCUCCGUCGAGCUUGAGUGUCGUGAGGUUUCCGCCUCUCAGGAAGACCGCCUUCUGUGCUCCCGCUUCCUCAACGACCACCGUGUCGACUUGUACAGCGACUCCUCCUCGGCCCCACCCCACUGCGCCUCCCCCUCCGGGGUCGGGCUUAGCGACAUGCCUUAUGCCGACUCCCCCGUCGUCUUUCUAUCCUUACCAUAUUCUCCUUCUCAGUCUCCCGCCGCGCCCGGUGAUGCCGCAUCCUCCGGUGGCAUCCUCGUACAGUCCUCGCCCCUUGAGGGAAGAACAUCCACCGGGGCUGAUCUCUUGCAUGCGCCCACCGGAGAGGUUCCCCACGCCGGCCGGGAUGGUUCGUGGUCCCCUGGUGGCGGAAACAAGGAAGUUAGGGUUUCGAAGAAGCGAUUGAGGAGCACGCAGGUUUCUUCCACGGAAUCUACUACUGAAUCGCCACCAGAAGGCAUUGGGAUUCUAGGGUUUGGUUUCCGCGAAGAACCAUCGAAAUUUGAUCAACAGCUCAAUCUCCCAUCAAAUAACCCCCGUGGCGCAACUAGUGACUUGACGGGAAGAUGCGAAUCUCGUGAAUCACCGGAGCUCCUGGAUCGUGCCAUCGGAGACCAAGAUGCUGCUUCCAUCAUAAGCCCUCCACCAGAGGAAGGGACUAGUUGCGCGUCUCGUGCUCGAGAGAAGUCACCUGAGAACCCGAGUGCAAUGGUGCCUGCAGUUGGCGAUCAAAAUGCUGCCUCCAGAGCAACUCCAGAGCCAAGGAAGCUGCCAGCAUCCAUCAUAAGUCCUCCAUCAGAGGAGGGGACUAGUUGUGCAUCUCAUGCUCGAGAGAAAUCGUCUGUGAACCUGAGUGCAAUGGUGUCUGCAGUUGCAGAUGACCGGUUGCGGAUGUAUCUUCUUGAUGCCAUUAAGAUGUUUGCUGGAAAACCCAACACAAGGUUUGCCGACACUGACAUACUGGAGAUUGCAAAAAUGAAGGGGAUAGACUUCCCACCUGCCUGGUGGUCGCAGCUUGGUGGCUAUGAUCCCGCGGAAUUUAGGAGGUGGUCGCAGAUUGGUGUGUAUGAUCUCGAGGAUGAUAAGAUGCCGAAGUAAAAGUGUGGGCUGAUGAUCAGGAAGGGAUGUUGCAGAUGGAAGUUGAACCUUGGGUUCCUUGUCCAUUGGAACGCCGUUGAUCCUUGCAGAGAUCAGGUUGAAGUCUUGAAGACACGGUUCAAGGUGCCACCGGUUUUCUUCAAGGCAAAAGACUGACUGGCUGGAUCAAACAAGACUGGCAAAACAUCAGCGGGUCAAGCAAGGAUGACAGCAUAACAACCCAACUUGUCAGAGCGUGAAAUUUGAACCGCCUACUUCUUGUUAGUAAUGCUGGAUGAAAGAGAUCAUACAAGUCGAAGUCGAUACAUUUAUGUUUACACGAUCAGAAUAGUGUUCAGGUCAUGAAUACCGGAUGAAAGAGAUCACGGUAGAUACAAGUCAAAGUCGAUACAUUUAUGUUUACACUUGUGUAACAUUCGAUCAGAACAGUGUUCAGGUCAUGAAUACCGCAUCUCGGUAAUGCUGGGACGGAAAUGCUGUCUUCAGAGAGAUGAGGUGUGCAGUUGAUAUGUUCAAAUGCUGUCACUAGUGACGAAGAAGUAAUGCCUCUCAAGCUUUUAUAUGCUACUAACAAUCAAUGGUGUAUCAUUAGAUAAUUGUUCAUCAAGAA